AUGUUUGUGGAACCCAGUCCAGUGCCACGUUUUCGUAAUGUGGCUCCUCCACCACCCCCCUCUCCUCCUUAUCUGAAUAUAAUAGUGCAUAAAGAAGAUCCUAACGAGGAAUGUAUCAUUCAGAGUCCUGCUUUUGAAGAUGAUCCAUUUACAAUCUUUGCUUCUACCAAGACAAUUCAUCAUCCCACACCAUUACCCAACACAGAAGUGUUCAAUUAUAAUAAGCAUCUUUCUAUAGAGGAACAUAAUACGACCGACGAACAAAGGAUGUCACUCUUGAUAGAAACAUUAAAAUCAACUAUUAAACAACCAAAACCUCGUAUUUAUUUUCAUCCCCCCUUUCAGCGUGGGCAAACAGCUCGGCUUACUUUACGGAAUACGAUGCCUGAAGAUCAUGUUAUUAUCUUUAAAUUUUUGACCACUCAUCAAGGUUUAAAAAAAACCAGCGGUGAACGGUAUUUUGUAAAGCCUAGUGCAGGUAAAUUUUCAACGGAUCAAUUAGAUAUUAGAGUUUUUCUGAAUCAAAUACCUACUGAGUUAAUAAAAGAUGAGCUUAUUAUCCGUUGGGCUAUCAUUCAGAGACAUACUGAGAUUGAAGAUUGGGCAAAUAAAACAUUACAUGAUUCUAAUAGAAGACAAUGGAUUGAUUUAUUGGAUGAAAGAUGGCCUGGUCAAGUGAUAGUGCGGCUGACUCGAAUAAAGAUUCGUUUUAAUAAUACAGAAGAAAUGAUUGCAUAA